AUGGCUGGAGCACAAGGAUUGAUCUUCCUCAAUGAGGAGGACCUAAAAGUCUUCAAACUGUUUUUAGAUUGGACUUAUAAUGGUACCGUUCAGAAACCACGAACCAAGAUAAACGUCACAAAAACUCCAUCCUACACAGAAAUUCAUCGUCUCGAAUUAGAGCUGCUCCAAGAUUUUAAUGAAACCCUCAAGACUCUGGAUGGUUAUCUCAAGUACGGUACAGUUUUCGGCCCAGGCCUUGCAGCCAAAAUCUGGGAAGAGACUAAGCCAGGCUCUGCAUUGCGCGAGUUCUGUAUUGCAAGCACGGUUAUGCAUUUGGAUCGCGCUUGCAUCAAACUUCGCAAGGAAGUGAUGAUGAACUGCAUCGUUCUGCCGGGGUACUUCCAAGGCAUGCUCAAGUGGCUUUCGAGAAACUUUCAGCUAUUAGGUCGACGUUCCGAAGAGUUGGUAGAAAAAUGGGCUUCGAAUGAGAGUUUCAGCAUGUCCCAUAAGUCUAAGCUCUGUCCCUGCCACUUUCAUGUACAUCCGUCCACUGUAGCUUCUAUGUGGAGUACGGCAGCCUUAUGCCGUGGGAGAAUCUUUAUGCAUAGUUAUCUCCUACAUCCACUUCUAUUUUCUGUAAGAGUGGCUGUAUCUGAAUUGCAAGAGAAUCUUUCAAGGAAUCCUAUAUUUAUUGUUACCCAAGGUAUCUCACCAAGAUUCACCAAAUUUUUCAGUACUACCCUUCUUAACCGUUUCCAAAAAUGUCUACACGAUCGCAAACAUCAUCCCGUAGUUCCUACGGCAGAAGAAGUCAUUGCAGUCUACGAUUUGACGGAGAAGAAUUCCGAGAUACGUGAAGUAAUGAUUAGUGCGAUGAUGAAAAUGUGGCGCUCGUUUAGAGUUAUGAUUGAUAAUUCGGGCGGGUUCAGUAAGGAUACUUUAGAGGACUGGCGACGAAGCUUGGUGGCCGUUCCGGAGUUUGAGAUGAGUGUUAGGAAGAAGGUCGGGAAGGAAGAGAUUGACAGGUUGGAUAGAGAUGAAUUGGGUUCUGACGACUUGAGGCUCUCGAAUGCUCUGAAUGUACAAGAGUAUGAAUCGUUUUACUAG